AUGUUUGUUGCACCUCCAGGCUAUCAACCAAUCUACAGCCCUAGAAUUCCCUAUCUGGGGCCCAUUUAUGGAGGCCUGAGGGAAGGGUCGUCCAUAUACAUCCAAGGGUCUGUUCCUCAAAACAUUACCAGGUUCUUUGUCAACUUGCUCUGUGGAGAGUCUGAGUCCAGCGACAUCGCCAUCCACAUCAACCCUCGAUUUGACGGCCGGGACAAGGUGGUCUUCAACUCUUGUCAGAAUGGAUCCUGGGGUUCUGAGCAGAAGAUUCGUGAAAUGCCCUUCUCCAAAGGCCAGGCCUUUGAAAUGGUCAUCAUGGCCAAUUCACAAGGCUACCAGAUCAAAGUCAAUGGGAAUACCUUACAUACCUUUGAACACCGUGUACCUAUGGAGAGAGUUUGUGGAAUGCAGAUCGGAGGAGAUGUUUCCAUCCAGACGAUUAAUGUCAUAGGGGGUGCUCGAGGUGGCAUGAAUAGGUUUCCUGGAGGAAUGGGAGGAGGAUAUCCAGGAGGUGGCAUGGGGGGAGGAUACCCAGGUGGCAUGGGAGGAGGAAUGGGAGGGGGCAUGGGUGGAGGAAUGGGAGGAGGAUAUCCAGGAGGUGGCAUGGGGGGAGGAUUCCCAGGAUCAAACCUGCCGGGCAUGGGUGGACAGCCAGUCUACAACCCUGCUGUGCCCUACUCCAACAUGAUCCCAGGUGGGAUGUUCCCUAAGAGGACCAUCAUCAUCAGAGGCAUGGUGCCCUUUGGAGCAAACAAAUUGAGCAUCAACUUCAAAGUGAGCAGAUCUCGGGACAUCGCCUUCCACAUGAACCCCAGGGUGAGGGAGGGGAUUGUGGUGAGAAACAGCAUGCUUGGAGGUAACUGGGGCCAGGAAGAAAGAGAGCUCAGCAUGAACCCCUUCAUGGAGGGACAGUACUUUGAUAUGUCGAUUCGCUGUGGGGACCAGAGGUUUAAGGUGUUUGUGAAUGGGCAGCACUUGUUUGACUUCGUCCACCGCCUGCAGUCCUUCCAUGAGAUUGACAUGCUGGACAUAGAAGGCGAUGUGCAGAUCUCUUACAUCCACUUCUGAGACCACACACACCUAUAGGAACUAUAAAUUCUGUACAUUAUUCAACUAUUUCAUGUGUUUUUAGUUGUUAAGU